AUGGAGGUCCAGCGGCUGGCAUUCGAGAGCCGCGCAGCUGCUGCAGCUGCAGAAGCCCAGACAGCGGCUGCUGUGGCUCGGAAUGCCAAGACUCUUCAACGAGAAAGUAUUCAAGCCAAAGAGGCGGUUCACCAGCUCCACCGGCAGGCCAAAGACGCCGAGCGGCAGCAACAGGAGCAGCAAGAGAUAAUCAAAUCGCUCUUGAAAGAAGUGGAGACCAACCGGCUGGAGCUGCUGCGCAUGCAACAGCAGUCGGGCCAGCUUGGCAUUUCAGGAAGCGAUGAAGUCCCUGUCAAGAACAAGAACAAAUGCCCUGCGUAUCGCUGCAGCAGCCUCGGAGACAUGCAACAGAUGAUGACGGGCGUAAAGGCCUUCCAAGCUGGCCUCCCGCAUUCUAGCGGUGCUUCUCUGGGCACUAGCCAGUCUCUCGCCCGCUUGCGACAUCCACAACAACAGUUGCCCACCCCCCACGCGGGGCACGCAGAGCUUAUUGACGGCGCAUCAUCGUUCAAACUGGCAUUAGUCCGUUACAUACCUGAUGAUAGUGAAAGGGAUGCGUCGUUGUGUUGCGGGCUCCAGCCGUAUGACUUCACAGUCAAGUACAGGCUUCCGCCAACGUGA